CAAAUCGGAACCAUUAGAAAACUGUUUCAGAAUGUAAAAACACAAAAAAACUGGAAGAGUUUGUUGCAGUGUUCCGGAGUAUCAUUGAACAAAGCUGAAGAGUUUGUAAGUAUGUUCCGGUUUAUCACGUCACAAAUCGAAACCGUUUCAAAAAGUUUUCCGGUUUGAUUUACAAAUCCCAAGGCUUACUUGAGGUGUUCCGGGAGUUUUGUAAAUCGGAAGAGCUAUGCAAUCUGUUCUAGAAGGCAUUGAAAGAGAGGUUUUUUUUUCGGAACAGUUUUGAUCGUUAAAAAAUCAAAGUGAAUAUUUUUAAAAUAUAUUUAUACAAAACUUGCAUACAACAUUGAUACAAGAAGAUCAUGUUGCUGCCUGAAGAAUUGAUCUUCCAAAUCUUGUUGUGGUUACCAGUUAAGUCUCUUAUACGCUUCAAGUGUGUUUGUAAAUCAUGGUUUUCUCUUAUCUCUCAUGAUCUCCACUUUAUAAAUUCACAUUUUCAACUCACUGCCACCACAACACCCCAUCAUAGGAUUCUGUUCAUAUCAACUUUCCCCUUUAAAACACUUUCUAUAAAUUUUGAACCAUUGCUUGACGAUUUCAAUGCUUCUGUUUCACUCGACCUUGAUGGUAUCUUUCCGUGGUAUUCUAAAAAUGUUGCAAUUAAUGGGUCUUGUAGAGGUUUCACACUUUUAUGUUGUUACUCAGAAAUCUACAUAUGGAAUCCAUCUACCAGUGUUCACAAACAAAUACCUAUAUCUCCUUUUGGUUUCAAUUUAAUUGCCGAUCAUUUCUAUGGCUUUGGUUAUGACCAUUCAACCGAGGAUUACUUGGUUGUUUUAAUGUCUCAUCAUGAUUCGGAAAAUCGUCCAUUACACUUGGAGUACUUCUCAUUGAAAGCUAAUACAUGGAAAGAAGUUGAGGGUCCUCACUACCCUUAUGCCAAUUGGGAUCUCUCUCGGCAGCCGCCCAAAGGCGGGUCACUCUAUAAUGGGGCUAUUCAUUGGUUGGCUUUUCGUAAUGAUUUAAAAACGGAUGUUAUUGUUGCGUUUCAUACAUGCUUUUGCCACGUGUUUUUGAUGGUAAGCCUAUGUGGUGUAGUUUAUGGAUAUAUGGAGAGUUUCUCAGCGUAUAUACUACUAACUAUACUAAUGAUACAGUUGAAAUAUGGGUGAUGAAAGAAUACAAAGUGAAUUCAUCAUGGACUAUGAGUCUUGUUCUUCCUAUUGAUAUCAUAACAGUCCGAUUCUUUUCUCCGUUGUGCUGUACAAAAAGUGGUGAUAUUGUUGGGACAAAUGAUGGCGAUGAUGGCAGUGGAUUGGUGAAGUAUGAUAAAAAUGGACAGUUUCUUCUAGAACAACAUUCUUAUACUAACAACAAUCGUAUAUGCCAAAUGACUAUGUAUACAGAGUCUCUGCUUUCACUCCCUAGUGAUGUUGACAACCAGCAAGCUUAAGAUGAUGACGCAAACAAGAAGUAUGAGGUUGCGAAAUAUUCUCCUUCAUUAUUUUCUUGAUAUUUAUAUUGAGCUAGAGCAUGGCUCCCACUGUAACAAUGCAGGUUGAUCCCAAGUGGCUAUGUGUGUAGAGUAGAGUCUUUGCAUACACGGUGAAGUGAGAAAGCUUAAGAAGAUGAUGCAAACAAGAAGAAUGAAAUUCUCAAUCAUAUGUUUGAAUGCAUUUGUAGAUACUAUGUGUUUUUUUUUCUAACUCAGUUUGUAAUAUGAGUAAGUGUGCCACAUGAACUAAUGUAAUAUGUCAAGAAAUGUUUAUUGUUAACUAUUUGUUUAUUAGUAACAUUGACAACUUUUCUUUGUCUGUGUGAUUCAAUGUUAUUC